CAAAAUGACCAGAGCUGACCACUUCGCACACUCCACACUCGCAACUUCCAGAGACGUGAACUCCUGUUUCUGUUUCAGGACUGAAAACAUUCCACCGCGCUUUGUCUUCCACCUGAUCUCACCGAGCUACCUAUACACCCAUCAUCCCCCGUCUCCACACUGCGAUGGCCACAUAGCAAAGCUACACAAAGUUCAGCCCCUCACUCUCAAUCCAUUCACAUAUUCAAGCACCGUUCUAUAUCCAUGGAGAAAUUCUCUCAGUUUCGCGAUCGAGGCUCCGGCAUCGCUCCUUUCCUCCCUCUCCCACCGCAACCCGUGUCUGGCUGCUUUCCGCUACCGAUACGGCUGUCUUUAUUCUUCUUCCGACUCCCGUUCUUCAUCUUCACCUGCGUGAGCUAUUUCCUGGUACUACAAUGGCUUCCUAUUGGAUCGUUGGGUAAGAAGGCAGCGCUGUGGUGUAUACUCGGCAUCCCGAGUAUCUGGUGGGUCGAUCUCCAGGUGGACGGUGUGCGAAAGGGCUACCUCUCCAAACAACAAUCUCGCCUCCCCGGUCCGGGCUCCGUAAUCGCCGCCUCCUUCACUUCCCCCAUCGACGCCCUUUACCUCGCCGUAAUCUUCGACCCCAUCUUCACAGCUUCAUACCCCAACACCCGCGAGGUAGAACACAUCUCUCUCCUAACCGCAAUCCUGCGCGCCUUCUCCUCUCCUAAACUCUCCCCACCAAGCGGUACAAAGACAACAACCCUGUCCGCGCUCGCGCGCAAAUACUCGACCCGCCCAAUCGUCGUCUUCGCCGAAUGCACCACCACUAACGGCCGCGGAAUCCUCCCGCUCUCCCCAUCCCUGGCAAGCGUCGCACCGAAUGGGAAAAUCUUCCCCGUCUCCCUGCGCUACUCGCCCGAGGACGUCGUCACACCGCUUCCGGGUUCGUAUCUCAGCUUCCUCUGGGCACUCCUCAGCAGACCGACGCAUUAUAUUCGCGUGCGCAUCGCCGAGGCGGUUGUUUCGGGCCCGCAGGGGUUGAGCGUAAGCCCGCGGAUCAAGAACUCGACAUACGAGACGAACUACUUUGAUAUCUUGGAAGAGGUGAGUGCGUCUAAAGGGGGUGAUGUGGCAUCUGCGUCGGGGAAGGUAGAGGUUGACCUUAGUCCGGCUGAGAAGGUUGUGUUGGACACGGUGGGGGAUUCGCUUGCGAGGUUGGGGCGCGUGAAGAGGGUUGGGCUGGGGGUUCGAGAGAAGCAGGAGUUUGUGAAGACGUGGAAGAGGACGGAGCGCGUGUGGUAGAUUUGUUCAAGGCAGAUUGAGAUGAUUAGGUUGUAAUUUGACAAAUUUGUGGGAUAUUAUAAUAAUUAGUUAGGAACACAUGAUAGGUUCACUCACUCCCCCAUAUGAAGUCACUUCGUGGUCACUUCGUCG